AUGACCUCAAACGACCGGAAACCUGGCGUUUCGUCGCUCACUAAACUCAUGAAUGAGCAGCGGGCUCAACCUCCUUCAUCUCAGACAGUCAGGAUAAACAGCACAGAGGUUCAUCCUACAGACAGCGAUUUCCAGAAGACCAUAACAACCACAAUAACUUUGGAAGGAGUGUCCCCAGAAACCUCAUACAGGGAAGAUUACAUAGAGCCGGUCUCACAGGUACAGGUUUCGCCAAAGCCAAUAGCGUCAACUCCACAACAGCCAUACGCUCUUAGACCAGCCAGCCUACAUUCCAACAGUGGACUACCCGGCUCGCUGUCCAACACAAUCCCCUACUCGGCUCCCGGUGGACACCCGUCACUUUCCACCUCUGUUCAUAGCUCGUCAACAUUUCUUGGUUCUCCCGCUGUAAAUUUAUCCAAUGGACAGCUAAUUUCGGCUACACAGAUUUCGUCGCCGGCAAUAUCGUCGCCGAAACAGCUUGAGCCCAGGCUCAUCAUUUCUAAGCAAAAGGUUCAGCAGGUCCAGGAGGCGCGCGCCGCAGCAGCAGCAGCAAACGGGACUUUGAGCAGUUCUAGAUCAAAUACAUCACUUGUUAACUUCUUCUCUAAAUCCAGAAGAAGCACGGCAACGCUGGACCAGUUUUCGUCGUCUCCGCAACAGGACCAAACCGGUCAGUCUCCCUCAUCUCAAUCAAGUGCGGAAAGCGUCACCAACGGAACGGCACCCGGAUCGCGUCAUUCCUCGAUGGCCGACUUGCGCAGGUUUUUCCGAAAGUCUGUUUCAUUAAGCAACGGCCAAUCCGGAGUGCCAAGGACUUCGAACUUGAGCGCCGGCUUGAGUGUCCAGCGUCAGGGUUCCAUUUCGUCCAUUCCCCAAAUCACAACCACCACUCCUUCGUCCAGUGUCACCUUUAACGGUCCUUCAUUCGCUGGGUCAGACACCGUGCCCUCGUCUCCGUCGCAAGAAUACAGCACUUCACCUUUGGAUUUCAGCAAACGGGUGCCUUCAUCUCCAAGCUUAUCGAGCCCAGGAGGAUCUUACUUCAAUAUUGCACAGACCCCAUUGUCUGUUGGUGGAAACACCACGCCGCAGAUUCCAUUUAGUAAGCGGUACAGUAAAUUUGGAGAGAACUUGGGCGCCGGAGCAGGUGGACAAGUGAGACUGGUCAAACGAAUUUCCGAUUCCAAAGUCUUCGCAGUGAAAGAAUUCAGAGCCAAGUACCAACACGAAUCUAGAAGGGAUUACAUUAAGAAAAUCACCAGUGAGUACUGCAUUGGGUCAACCUUGAAGCAUCCAAAUAUUAUCGAGACUAUUGAAAUUUCCUAUGAGAAUGAUAGAAUCGUUCAGGUCAUGGAAUACUGCGACUAUGACCUGUUUGCCCUGGUGAUGUCAAAUAAAAUGAGCCCUGAGGAGAUCAAUUGCUGCUUCAAACAGAUCUUGAAUGGUAUCCGGUAUAUUCAUUCCAUCGGCUUGGCUCACAGAGACCUCAAGCUGGAUAACUGUGUGGUGUCGAAAGACGGAAUUGUGAAGCUUAUCGAUUUUGGCUCUGCUGUGGUGUUCCAGUACCCAUUUUCAAGCACGCUGAUCGAGGCCCAAGGAAUCGUUGGUUCCGACCCAUAUCUUGCACCUGAAGUUUGUGUCUUCAACAAAUACGACCCCCGCCCCGUCGAUAUAUGGUCAGCAGCUAUCAUCUACUGCUGCAUGACUCUGAAGAAGUUCCCGUGGAAGGUUCCCAAGCUUUCUGACCCUAGCUUCAAACUUUUUGCAUCCAGAGAACCAGGUGUCACUUUCGGCAAUCUGCUGAGACGAAUGCCAGAUCCUCCAAGCUACGAAGAUCUAGAGAAUAAACAAGAGUAUCCCAAAGAAAAGGGAAAACACCAUGAAGAACUGAACACCGUUAUCCAUCCGGAGGAGAUGCCUACUCCUCCCCCAUCUGCCUCCAACUCUAAUGAGACACAUGAUAGUGAAGAUCCUCUGAAGCAUACAUCCAACCUAAUGGGCGAACAACGUUUGCUGAAUGCGCUUGCCCCUGAAUGUCGUCCAAUGAUUGGAAGAAUGGUGUCGUUGGCGCCUGCUUGCCGUAUAACGAUAGAUGAAUGUUUCAACGACCCAUGGUUGCAAUCAGUCCAAAUGUGCACCUUGGUCAACGACGAGUGCGAGCAUAAGCUGGUUCCAUCUACGGACCACGAACACACUCAAGUGGACCAAAGUAUAGCACAUAUUGCCAUGCUCGAGAGGAAGAAGAAAGGCAAGAAAUGA